AUGUCGAGCCCUAUUAACCACGCUCCGGCAUCAUUAGAUGAGCAACCGGCACCACCUGCGCCGUCGACAUCCCGUCCUCCUACACAGACGUCUCGCCCUGUACACGGUUCCGUUCAUCCACCGGCAGCACCCGCCAAUGUUGGGCCUCCUUCUGGACCGAUAGCUAGCCGUGCUUCACCGCCAGGCACCAACAGUGCUCACAUUCCUAGACGUCAAGAAGCCGUUGCCACAGCUCAAUCCACGCAAGCUAAGCAGGUAGAGAUCGAUUCGAAGCAGUUGCUGCCGCCACCACUGUCAGCCCAGCUACACGAAAAAUGCACGCAACCAGUGGUCAGUUUCAUCAGUGCAGUAAAAGAGAAGACUUAG